AGUCUGGCCUUCAGCCCUGACUCAGGGGAGGUGUGGAAAGCCCGUAGAAAGCUGGCCCAGAACGCCCUGAAGACCUUCUCCAUCGCCCCCAGCCCCACCUCCUCCACCUGCCUCCUGGAGGAGCAUGUCUCCAAGGAGGCCGACUACCUGGUCACCAAGUUCCUGCAGCUGAUGGAUGAGGAGAAGAGCUUUGACCCUUACCGCUACCUGGUGGUCUCUGUGGCCAAUGUCAUUUGCGCCAUCUGCUUUGGCAAGCGCUACGACCACAAUGAC